AUGCCAAAAACGGAUGUUCUCAUAUCCGGUUCCGGUUCCGCUGGUGUCUUCGCAGCAACUUGGCUAGCAAUCUACAAUAUCCCAUUCACGAUUCUGGAGCGACGUCCUGGUCCACUAAAGAUCGGCCAAGCAGAUGGCGUCCAGGUGCGCACAGUAGAGAUCUACGAGUCAUUUGGUCUAUCGGAAGAUUUGUUGCGCGAGGCAUACCAUAUCUUGGAAGUAUGCUUCUGGGGUGUUGAUGAAGAUGGCAAUGGCAAUGAGCAAGGUGGCAUUAAGAGGAAGAGCAGAUCAAUCGAUACGGAGAAGGGUCUAAGUCAUUUGCCGCAUGUGAUUCUGAAUCAAGCGCGCAUGAACGGACUGAUGCUGGGGAAGAUGGAGACCAUCAUGAAGGAGAAGGGAAAGUGGAAAGAAGGCACGAGCAACGGGAUCGAGUACGGCUGGGCCGUCAAGGGCGUGGACAUUGACGAGAAAAGAAAGAACGACCCGAACGCGCAUUGCGUCAAAGUGACCGCUGAGAAAGAUGGCAAAGAGGAGGUCUGGGAAGCGAAAUACGUCCUAGGCUGCGACGGCGCGCAUUCCACCAUUCGCAAAGCCCUCGACAUCCGCAUGCUGGGCGACUCUUCCGAUACCGUCUGGGGCGUCAUGGAUAUCUACCCACUUACAACCUUCCCCGACAUCCGCCGCAAGUGCACCAUACACAGUACCGCCGGCAACUUGAUCAUCAUUCCCCGCGAGGGUGGUCAACUAGUCCGCUUCUACAUCCAGCUUCCCGCCGGCACGCAGCCCAAGACAGUGAAAUUGGCCGACUUGCAAGACCAGACUCGCAGGAUCUUUGCGCCAUAUACCAUGGACUUUGCAGAUGUCUUUUGGUGGAGUGCAUACAGUAUCGGUCAACGCCUGGCUGAGGUGUUCCACGCGCAUAAUCGCGUCUUCUUGACGGGCGAUGCGUGUCACACGCACUCGCCGAAGGCAGGUCAGGGGAUGAAUGUGUCGCUUCAAGAUGGUUACAAUAUUGGCUGGAAGCUUGGCUCCGUGCUGUCUGGUCUUUCGCCUCCUUCUCUGCUGUCGACAUACGUUACCGAACGCAGCAAGACGGCAGCUGAUCUCAUUGCUUUUGACAAAGAGUUAGCAAAGAUGAUCAGCAGAAAAGAUCGAUACGAAGGCGAGUUUGCAGACUACUUCCGGAAGAGCGGGCGGUAUAUGGCGGGGUUCACGGCGAGGUACGAAGACACCAUUAUUACCAAGGGGAUGGAGAAGGAGAAGAGUGCGGCUACGGCGGUCACGGUGGGGACGCGCUUUCCAAGUGCGCAGGUUAUACGGUUUUGCGACUGUAAGGCUGUGCAGUUGAUGAGUGUGCUGAGGAGUGAUGGGAGGUGGCGCGUCGUGGUGUUUGGAGGGGAUGUCAACCAAGCGCAGCAUCGCGAGCGACUGGCCAAGCUGGCAAAAGCACUCGAAGCAAUUGCAAGCCGAUAUACACCUGCUGGGAAACACAUCGACAGCAUCAUCGAGACGCUCCUUGUGUUAAGCAGCAAAUUCCCGGAAACGGAGCAAGAAAGCAUACCGGGCUACUUCUGGCCAAAGAGCGGAAAGUGGAAUAUACGCGAUCUCCACAAGACGUUCGUCGACGACGACCACUACAAUUCCAGUCAUGGUCACGCGUACGACAAGUAUGGUGUGAGCCCCGACGUGGGCGCAAUCGUCAUCGUGAGACCCGAUCAAUAUGUAUCCAAAGUGACGAGUCUUGAUGACUUCGACGACGUUGCGGACUUCUUUGCGGGAUGUUUGAUCGAGCAGGCGUCCGCGCCGAAUGCGGGCGCAAGCGCGAAGUUGUGA